AUGUUCUCUCGCACGGGCCACAGCCUGCUCGAUGAGAGUCAGACCAGGUACGAGGGCGGCCGCUCGUCGCCGGGCGCGCCGCACCUCCAGAUGCUCAUGACGCUCUCGAUGGGUGUGCUGGUCGGCGCGGCUGCGGUUUUCGGCGCAAGCCGGUUGAGCUCGGCUCCCGUCACCGCGGCGGUGGUUCCCGCCGGCGAGCCGAGCACGGAGCUCACGGGGACGGUGUCGGCGCUCCGCACCCUCGUGGCCGAUCUUCAGACCGAGGUCGGCGAGAUGAAGAGGCAGAAGGAGCAGCGGAGCACCAAGGCGGCGGCAGGGCCGGAGGCGCAACCCGCAGCGGCCACGUCGCUGAGCGAGAAGGGCUGGAUCCCGUCGAUCCCGUUCCUGCAGCCCGCGGCGCUCCCCUCCAAAUACAUCGUGAAGCACACGCCGCCGGUGAAGCUGCAGCACCUGCGCGGCGCGUGCUGGCUCUUCGGCAUCUCGGGCGUGCUCGAGGCUUCGUACCGCAAGCAGGGCAUCGCCUACGGCUUCAUGCAGCCCGACGAGUACCUGCGUCUGACGGAGCAAAACUUGGGAGCGCAGAUUGAGUCGGCCUGCCGCGCCACCACAAAGUACUGGAAGCUGGGCUCGCUGAACGACAAGGCGGUGUGCUUCACGGGUGAUGGCGACACCGCGUGGAAGGGCAACUCGACCGAGGGCGGCGAGGCCGAGUGGAUCUGGUACCUCAAGGAGUGGCUGGAGGACACCAUGGCGCUUCCCGAGUCGGUUUGCCCGUACCUGGAAAAGGAGGAGGGCAACUCGAGCGCCAUCUGCGUGGGCUCCGAGGCGGCGAUCAAGAAGUCGGCGCUGAAGAUGAAGAUCAAGGGCAUGAAGGCCUACUACGGCCUCGCCGACCUCAAGAGGUCGAUCUUCGAGAACGAGCGCUACCAGGCCUUCUCGAUUGCUCUCUUCGGGCAAAACUACCCGCUGCCGUGCACAGACGCCACCAAGGACUACUACAAGUGCGACCCUGCGGGUCCGCUGUGCACAAAGUGCCCGGCCGAGGCCAACUAUGCGGGCGUGGAGUGCUGCGUCCUGCAGGCGCGCUUCGGCACCAACAUGAAAGGCGAGUUCUCGGGCGGUCACGGGGGGCAGUUCACGGCGGCCGGCGGCCACGCCGUCGGCUACGUCGGCUGGAACGACAACUUCUUCUCGUCCCACGGGUACAAGGGCGGGCUCAUCAUCAAGAACUCGUGGUGGGAUGGGGUGCCACCGCCGGGCAUCGUGUGCACCGACCCGACCGCGCCGUGCUCCGCUGGCUCGCAUAGCCUCCCGUACUACAUGGAGGAGAUCUCCUCGGUGGCCGAGCGCGAGAUCUGCCCGAACGUGCACUCGCCCGCCUCGUGGUAUGCGUGCGCCGACAUCGCAACGUGCACCUCGGUCGACUCCAACAUCUCCGCGGUGGCCACGCGCAAGGUGCUGCACCUCGAGUGCCUCGGCGAUGGCGACCAGUCGCCGUACGUGAAGGGCAUCUGCAAGGCGGGCGAAAAGUUCUUCUUCAAAAACAUGACCGACUUUGGCUCGGGGCUCUCGGUCGCGUGCAUGGUCAAGGGCGACGGCUCGGGCGACCUCUGCCUCCCGCCGCUGUGGGACGAAGACCUUGCGAUGCUCUUCACUCCCGUACCCGAGGAGGACAAGCCAAACGACCCGGACCAGUGCGGGUAUUACUGGUUCCCGUAUGACAUCUAUGGCAAGGUUGCGGCCACCAUGGAGAAGUCGUACGGCGUCGACUUUGACAUCGUGUGGCCCAAGUCGGCGUACGUCAACGCGCCCAAGUACUUCAAGGACGUCGAGUGCCCUGGCUGCGACUACGAGGUGAUCAAGAAGAACACGCACAAGCAGCGGACGCCGCCCUUCACCGGACCCUUCCCGACGCUGCGCGAGCCACUCAAGAAGGAGUGA